AUGGCCACUUCGUAUAGUGAUUCACCCUCAUCACCAUACAACGAAGACUCUACAGAGGAGACAAAGCAGGAACGUGCAGCUAUUGAGGAGAAAAUUAUAAAUGAAGAAUAUAAAAUCUGGAAGAAGAAUUCACCAUUUCUUUAUGAUUUGGUCAUUACUCACGCACUUGUAUGGCCAACUUUAACGUGUCAGUGGUUUCAAGAUAUUGAUAGGCCUGAAGGAAAAGAUUACACUGUUCAGCGCUUAUUAAUUGGUACACACACAUCAGAUAACGACCAAAAUUACGUUGAAAUCGCACAUAUUCAACUUCCAAAAAACGAUGUCAACGUUGAUCCUCGAAAAUUUGAUGAAGAGAAAGGAGAAAUAGGAGGUUAUGGAGGUACCACUGAAAGUAGAAUUAAGGUCGUUCAAAAAAUCAAGCAUGAAGGUGAAGUUAAUAGAGCACGGUAUAUGCCUCAAAAGCAAGAUAUAAUCGCCACGAAGACAGUUUCAGGAGAUGUUUAUAUAUUCGACCGUACAAAGCAUCCAUUAAAACCUCUGACUGAUGGUGGUUGUCAACCUGAACUGAAAUUACGAGGUCAUGUAAAAGAAGGAUAUGGAUUAUCGUGGAGCCCAUUAAAAGAAGGCCAUAUAUUAGAUGCAUCUGAAGAUACCACGAUUUGCCAUUGGUAUGUAAAUGCUAUUGGAGAAAUUGGACUUUAUGACCUUAAUUUGAUGUUGCUAUUUUAUAGGGACAUUACUGGUUGUACUAAAGAAACACGAACGAUGGAUCCAUUCCGUAUUUAUAGAGGCCAUGAAGCAUUUGUUGAGGAUGUAGCAUGGCAUAUACUAGACGAACAUCUGUUUGCUUCAGUUGGUGAUGAUCAAAAAUUGCUCAUUUGGGAUACACGUUCAGAUAAGGCUGAUAAGCCUGCCCAUUCGGUUAUUGCACAUCCAAGUGAAGUCAACACUUUGGCAUGGAAUCCAAUGAAUGAAAAUAUUUUAGUAACGGGUGCAGGGGAUAAGACACUCAAUUUGUGGGAUCUUCGUAAUCUCAAAAUUAAACUACACACGUUAGUGCAUCACCAAGGAGAAGUCUUGCAAGUUGAGUGGUCACCACAUGACGAAACUAUUCUAGCAUCCGCUGGAGGGGAUAGAAGGGUAAAUAUAUGGGAUCUAAGUCGAAUUGGCGCAGAGCAAACGGCAGAGGAUGCUGAUGAAGGGCCUCCAGAAUUAUUGUUUAUGCAUGGAGGGCACACUAAUAAAAUAUCUGAUUUCAGUUGGAAUCCUCAUAUACCUUGGGUGAUCUCUAGUACUGCUGAAGAUAAUAUAAUUCAAGUUUGGCAACCAGCUGCAAACAUUUAUUCUAUUGAUGACAGAGAUAUUCCCCCUGAAGAAUUGGAGGAUUAA